CACACGAGAAGAACAACUUUUUGAAGGUACUUGAGAAGACAUUUUUAUAUAUGAUUAUUAUUUAAUUACAUAUCUUUUGAAUAUUUUCAGAGAUUUCUGGCGUGGCACGUUUGUAUAAUCCACAAUUUUUUCAAGAAUUAAAACAGCAGACAUCAAUUGAUUUAGAAAAUAUAGCCUAUUAUAAGAAUGAUACACAUUAUUUUGUUAUGACAGCGAAAAAACAAAGUUUAUUAGAAAAAGAUGUCAUUAAAAACGAUUAUCCAGAUGCUGUUCGUUUAUUAGCACGUGAAAAUGUUGAUUUCAAAGCACUUUGCAAUUUUGCAUGUGAAGCAGCACAAUUCGCAACAAAAUCAACAGCAUCAACAUUUGAAUUUGCUGAAAAUCACUAUGGAUUACCGGAUGUACAAAUGUUUGAUUUCACAUCAUUAUUUCAUUCAGUGAAUGCCAGUCGGAUUGUUGAAAGAAAGGGAAAACGUUUAUUUAUGGCGUUAGUUGGAGAUUCUUUACUUGAACCUUUCUGGCCUUUGGGCACUGGAAUUGGUCACGGAUUUUUGGCGACAUUGGAUACAGCUUGGAUACUACAUAAAUUUGCUAAAAAUGAACCGCCAUUAAACAUUUUAGCUGAACGCGAAAGUAUUUACAUGUUAUUAUCGCAAAGUACGCCAGAAAAUACAAAAUCGAAUUAUCAAUUAUACACAAUUGAUCCAGCAUCGAGAUACCAACAUUUGAAUUCAAAACGUUGUACAAUAGAAGAAAUUCGUCAUUUAUAUGAUGAUAAUAAUAACGAUGAUCGAUAUUCAAUUGUUGAUAAUAAUAAUAAUUUAGUAACAAAUCAUAUACAACAACCACACGAUGUUAAACAUUCAAAAAAUGAUGAUAUUUCAAAUGAAAAACUAUUAAAUUGGUGCCAGAUGAUAACAGAACCAUAUGGAUUACAAACAGAAAAGGAUUUUCAAUCAUUUUACAACGGACUUGCUUUUUUUUUUGAAUGGUGCUAUGACCAGAGACGUGGAACGUCUUAGAUUAAAGAGAAAAGUAUACUACAGAUUUUGAGAUGUUUCCACAGUCUACAGGUUCUUUCAUUCAAAAACUAUGACGAAAAUACAAGUGUCUACCUUCUCGGAUAAGUUUUGAAAAGUAGGUGUUUGUAUUUUCAUCAUAGUUUUUUGAAUGAAAGAACGUAUAGGCUGUGCAAACAUCUCAAAAGCUGUAGCACACUUUUCUCUUUUAAGCACACUUUUAAUCUGAGAUGCUCCAUAGCAUCGUUCGGAAAUUAUAAGAGAAACAAAAUGUAAAAAAAGCGUUACGGAAUUUUAGUCCAGUAGCACAGUUAGCUGGUCCAGUCAUAUAUUUGUUACGUAUAACUGUUAUUUUAGUGAUUAUAAAUCAUUGCAACCCGAACGCUCGC